CCUCCAUACAAUAUGAAAAUAUGAAUGAAAUCAAUGAAGCUAACAAAACCAAGAAUCAAAAUAAACUAAGUUGAUAAUAUACCGGUACACAUUUUUAUCAACCAGGAACUUCAAACAUUACAGGAAAAAUAAAAUACCUUAGCAAAUUUUUAUUGGAGCUAGAGUCUCUACCUGGGAACAUGCUGUGACAAGUCAAGAGAAAUGAUGUAGAAAAAAAGUUAAGGAAAAACCCAAGGGAGGGUUGUUUUUUUUAUUUUGGUUGGGGCAUGUCUUGAGUUCUUAAGUUGUAUUCAUGUUUCCUCGGCCACACGUCUUUGCUUUAUAAUUCGUGAAUAAGUUACAAGAAAAAUAAAAGAAGGCGAAAUCAUAGCAGAGAAUGCUGGUCCUGCCCCCAUUGAAUGGCACACAGUUGCGAGCAUUUUCGAAGCAUGACAUGGCUGAUCACCUGACCCAGGCGGUUGCUGAUCACCUGACACUCUACAAGGCAAGUCAGACUAUAGAAUGUGAACACAUUUACUUCUGGGCUAUUGAGAAUUUUGGAGAAGUUAGUCAUGGGUGGUGGCUCUUCGUAAGUUCAACUUUCAAUAAGUCAAGCUCUGAAAAAUAUAUCACUAACACUUAAAAAAUUAACAAUUAUGUAGUUGCAUUUCUUUUGAUUGCUUUUUUUUGUUGUAAAGUUAAAUAGAACUUAAGGCAAUAUAGAGUAAUACAAAAAGAAUUAUGAAUUUCAGCUUACCACUUGAUGGAAGUAAUGCUCAGCCAGGUAACUUAAAUAAUGUUUUGAAAAUAAAAUUUUGUCAUAAUCCAACAAUGUCCCAGCAACCUUUGUUAAUUUUCAUUAUUUUCAUUGUCAUCUAAUUUUUGUGUUUUAUUUUUAUACCAAAGUUAAAGGUUCAAUGUUAAUUCAAAUAUCAAACUACAAUUAUGUAUCUGUAAUUUUUGUUAUAAAAACUAAACUAAAUUUACACUUUUAAAAAAAAAAUUCUAGUUCUUUACUUAAUAAUAUAAGUGACUACAAGAGAAGAAUUCAGCUUUUUAAAAAAGAAGAAUGUUUUAAAUGUCAAUGAAAAAUGCUUAUAAAGUACAAUUUAAAAAAAUUAAUUUGGUGCCAAUUUCAGCAAAUGUGGGAGUGAGAGGUAAUAUCCUGAGUUAUGAGAUUCCAAAUGGCUCUGGUGGGAAAAGCCAUUUUUACAUAGUUAAUGCAGAGUAAGUUCAUGUUUCUAUCUAAAAAUAAAAUAAAUAUUUAAAUAUAUGUCUUUUACCCUUCCACGAAAGAGAAAAUCUGGAUACAAUUAUUGACACUUAUGUAAAUUUUUAAAAAGUGUUUAGUUAUAGACAUGACUGUGGAAAAUUUUUUUUAAAUCUCUUUUUGUUUUUCAUCUUGAGCACACAAUUAUUAGAUCUAACAUAUGUUGUUACAAGUUCUGAAUGAGUUUUAAUCAAAAGAAAAAAAAAUUGUGAAUAUCUAUUUCUCUUAGCAGCAGAGGAGAACGAGGAAUUUUCCAGUAUUCCAAAGGCGGUGUUGUUUCAAGACAACAUACCUCAAAGAUAUUUCCAAAAAGUACAAUAAGUGUGGUAAAUAAAUAUUUCAUUGUUUUUUAUUCCAGUCCAAGCAACACUUUAUUUCAUGUUGUUUUUUUUGUGCUUUAGUUUUGUUGUUGUGGCAUAAACCUCCUUUUAAAAUGAAAAUGUAUUGUUUAAAAUAUCACCUAACAUUACAAAGCAGAUAAAGCACCAAUAUCUACAAUUUUUAAUGUGAGAAAAUAUUUUGAAAAAAAACAACAAUAAUUCUAAACGAUAGUUAAAUAAUUUGCCAACUCUAAAUGAUUUAUGGUCCUGAUUAAUAAUUUCAGCUCUCAAAAAUCAAUUAAAUAAUAUCUCAAUUUAGUCUUCUUUAAUGUUAAAAAUAAUUGACAAUUAUUGUUAGCAGUGAUCUAAUCUUAUUUUUUUAUUUUUUUUUUAUUAAAAAAAAUACUUUUUAAAAAGUUGAUGUAAUUUUGACACAUUUAUAUAAGAAAUCCACAAUACAUAUUACUGUAGUGUAUGCUUAAAUACAUAUUAUUGAAAAUGGAGAGUUAAAGAAAAAAUGCUUUUUUACCAUUCAGUAUGGCUUAAUUUCUUCUAAAAUUUUGAUAUAUUUCAGAGAAGUCAAAACCGCCAAGAUGGUCACUACAUUGUCACAUUGAAGAAGCUAAAUGGUGUUGAUUUGAAUACAUAUUUUUCCUAAAUGUGCAUAUCCUGAAAUUUAUUGUCAGUGUAACUUCUAUUAAAAUGUAAUUUCUAGAUUUUCCACAUUUUCUAGAUUUUGUAGAUUACAUUUUAAAAUAAAAUUUUAUGCAGGAAUUCAUUUAAUAUUAUUAUUGACAUUUAUGAGAUUUUACAUACUAAAAUGAACAUCUAUUUUCACGAACGUUAUCAAAAUCUCAAAAUCUUGAACAUUGAAUUUACUUAAAAUUACUUAUGUUAUUUUUAUUUUCUAUUAACAUUCACAAAUUAUAUAAUUUUCUGAGAAGG